ACAACCUUGCUGCUUUAUAAGAAUUUCCUUUUAAUAAAACAAAGACGUUCUCCAUGGAGCGCAGUUUGACAGAGGCAUGCCCAAUUAAAUACCUAAUUGGCUUAUAAUAAUUCCUAUUUUCAAAUAUUAUGUAAAAAAAAAAAAAAAAAAAAGCAUUGGAAGAAGUGGAGAAGUUCUGUAGCACCCGGAUUCCUCGUACUGGACAGACAAGUGUGUCGAGCACUCAACAGUUCUCCAUGUACAGGGGUCAAGAGUGCUGUAACCAUAUAGAGACAUUCAUGAAAUAGCCAGACGUUGCUCUAGAAGAUGGCUUUCCACGUGGAGGGGCUGGUGGCAAUAAUUAUUUUCUAUUUGGCGAUCUUGUUUGUGGGUAUUUGGGCUGCCUGGAGAACAAAGAACUCACGUGGUGAUGGAGAUCCCCGGGAAGGAAUUAUAGUGGGUGGAAGAGAUAUAGGACUCCUGGUUGGAGCUUUUACUACUACAGCAACAUGGGUUGGUGGAGGAUACAUCAACGGGACGGCAGAAGCAGUGUAUGUUUCAGGGUAUGGGCUGGCAUGGGCUCAGGCACCCAUUGGCUACUCGCUCAGUCUUAUCGUAGGUGGUCUAUUCUUUGCUAAGCCCAUGCGAUCAAAGGGAUAUGUAACAAUGCUAGACCCUUUCCAGCAGGUUUAUGGCAAACGGAUGGGAGGAUUACUUUUCAUUCCAGCAUUAAUGGGAGAGAUGUUCUGGGCUGCUGCAAUACUUUCUGCUUUAGGUGCCACCAUAAGUGUUAUAGUGGAUAUUGACAUCAACAUUUCAGUGGUAGUGUCUGCCCUGAUUGCCAUCUUCUAUACCCUUGUUGGUGGACUGUAUUCUGUUGCCUACACUGAUGUUGUUCAGCUCUUCUGCAUCUUUAUAGGAUUGUGGAUCAGUGUACCUUUUGCCAUGACACAUCCGGCAGUUACAGACAUCACAGUGACAGCUGUAGAAGAAGUCUACAAGGAUCCUUGGUUGGGCAGCAUAAGGAGGGAAGAUGCCUGGUCUUGGAUUGACAGCUUCUUGCUUCUGAUUCUUGGAGGGAUCCCCUGGCAGGCAUAUUUCCAAAGGGUCUUAUCAGCGUCCUCAGCAACCUAUGCCCAAGUUCUCUCCAUCUUAGCUGCCUUUGGCUGUUUACUGAUGGCUAUCCCCUCAAUUCUUAUUGGUGCUAUAGGAGCUUCCACAGAAUGGAAUCAGACUGAGUAUGGUUUACCAGACCCACAGAGCAGAAAUGAAACUGAUAUGAUUCUGCCUAUUGUUCUUCAGUAUCUGUGUCCUCCCUACAUUUCUUUCUUUGGACUUGGUGCCGUGUCUGCUGCUGUGAUGUCAUCUGCUGACUCUUCCAUCUUAUCUGCUAGCUCUAUGUUUGCCAGGAAUAUCUAUCAACUUUCAUUUAGACAAAAUGCAUCAGAAAGGGAGAUUUCCUUGGUUAUGAAGAUCACUGUCUUUGUAUUUGGAGCAGGAGCAACAGCCAUGGCAUUACUUGCAAAGUCGGUGUAUGGACUUUGGUAUCUAAGCUCUGACUUGGUCUACAUUGUCAUUUUCCCUCAGCUGCUCUGUGUCCUGUUUAUCAAAGGAACCAACACUUAUGGCUCUAUCGUGGGGUACGUUUUUGGGCUUUUUCUAAGGAUAAGUGGAGGAGAACCAUAUCUACAUCUUCAGGCCCUUAUCUGUUAUGGAGAAUGCUAUGUAGACAGGAAUAAUAUAUACUUACAAAGAUUCCCAUUUAAAACACUCUCCAUGCUGGUUUCAUUUUUAACCAAUAUAGCCAUCUCCCACUUGGCCAAGUAUCUCUUUGAAAAGGGAACAUUGUCACCAAAGUUUGAUUUCCUAAAUGCCGUGGUGGCUAAGCACAGUGAAGAGAACAUGGACAAGACAACUCUUGUGAAGAGUGAUAAUAUCAAUUUGUCGGAAUUGGAUCCAGUGAAGCCAAGACACAGCAUAUCAUUGGGGAAUACCUUUAUAAACAAGGAGGCGAUCAGCGACUUGGACUCAAGCCCAGAGUCACCAGAACUGGAAAACAAAGACCUCUGAUAUAGCCAUAAUAAGAAUGCUGCUUCUACAUAAUUAUCAAUAAAAACUUUAUAAACUGAAAAUAAAGAUGGUAAGCAGUGUUUUAAUACCAUUACUGUAUAAUGUUUUAUAUAUGUAUUUCACUGCACAAUGAAAAAUAUACAUCAUACCACCCUCCCAGUAUGAAGUCCACUUUAGUAAAAUGUUGUGAUCUGUUGUAAAGACCCAGCAAUAAGCAACAUGUAAAAAAAAAAAAAAAAAAAAAAACAUACAUAUCUAGUCUGCCAAAAUUUAAGGAAAUUACUGCACCACAAAUGCCUAUUGUUUGUAAAUGUAACCUUUUAUUAUUUUACUGCAAAAUCCUCUUCAGAAUGUAAAUGUUUAGACAGUGAUGGCCUUGGGAUGGCUGCCAUAUUAUUCAGUAGAAUGCAGAAAACUUCAUAAUAGGGUGUAUUUACAUCAUGUUUUGGGGAAAUGGCAGCCGAAUCCACGGCAGACCAUGGUUUUUAGUCUGGCAAGAAAACUGGAUACGGUCCAAAUAUGAGACGACCGGAGCCAGUAGCUGACUUUGUACGGCUCAUUUAAAUGAAUGGGGUACGGCACGGUUCUAGCGGGGAUACUGGGAAUGACCGGUUUUCCAAUUCCAGAUCCAGCUGCCGUAUCCCCAAAAUAUGAUGUGAAAGAAUCUUUACAUAGGUUUUUCUUUUUCUUAUAUGGUUUCCUAUCACCAGCAGUUUUGCACUGUUUUACUUGUGUAACCAGGAAUAACAGAUAUAAGGAUUUUAAUUGUUCCUUAAACUGACUAUAUAUACACCUUGAUUAAAAAAUGUUGCUACAUUGUUACAUCUACAAGGAACAUGCACCAAAUCUGUAUAUUUAUGGAGGAUAAUUAGCUAUAUAGAAAUAAUAUGUAUUAGUCAUUGGAUUAUCUAACAUCGCUCUUCUUUUCCCUCAACUUUCUUAGUUAGUCAUUUCUGCCAUACAGUUGGAGAUUAGGGCUUGGUGUGGUCCAUCUAUCUCUUCUUGAAGUUACAAUUAAAAAUAAAAGAAAGUUAUUACCAAUGGGCAGAAUGAAAAAAAUAACAUUGUUUAUUGUGUUAUACAGAUUCCUUAGCAAACAUUUUCUCCAAUCCUCUAUCCAUAAAAAAUAUUUAUUUUAAUUGAGAUGCAAGAAGCCACAUCAUUGUUGCCUUAUAUUAACUUAAAACCAUUUCUUACUUCAUAGAAAACUAUAGAUUUAGUUAUUAUUGUAGUCACAUUUUGUCUAUGAUUUGUCUCUGUAAGGGUAUGUUCACACUAGUUUGUGCAGAAGGGACAGAAGAUCAGUUGUCCUUUGAUGUAAUCCUUGACUUUCAAGGUAGACUUCUUUACAUUCAGUGCCAUACAAGACUAGGGUCCAUGUGUGCUGGACUUUCCCUGAGCACUCAUAUUUCUCAUAUUUCUCAAAUUUUUGGACAGGAAUUCUACAGGAGUGCAUAGUUGCACAGCAGAAAUAACAAAAAAAGACCACGAUGCAACAGAAAUGCAACGUGAUCAUGUGGUUCCACUUUUACGGAAUAUCUGCUUUAGGAUGAAAACAACGAGAAGAAAAAAAUGUGGUCUCAAAAAGCAGGAGGUGCUCAACCCCAAAUGCAGUUGUGCAUUUAUGCUGGGGAAGCAGAUCCUGCGCUUGUGGUCCAUUGCUAAGAGAGAUCCCCAUCAUAAAAUGCAUACAAUGGGGGAUGCCUGCAGCAGACUACAAGUGCCACAAUGGCAUCCUACAUCUGAUGAAAAGUGGGAAUGUGUAACAUAUAGAGUAAUAUAUAAAUUUAGGUGCACUACUGUGGUAGAUGUAGACAGUAACAUAUGACUAACCCUCAAACUGAUGUUAAA